GGUAUCUACAAUAAGAAGAUCUCGGCAUCAUUGACUGUUGAGCGAUGUCGCGAAAAGUUGGAGAAUAAGUACCGAAAACAAUUGUGCAAAAUUCAAUUGAAACCGUGGGAUCAAAGCAAUUAUGCUGAGCUUGAAGAUAUGCACACGGCUGUUACAAUGGUGAAGAAGGACGCUAACGGACAAGACACGAAAAAGAAGGAAAUACUCAAGGGUUCUGAAAUAUUUUCAACGAAAGUAAACGGAGAACUGCCAGCUCGAAUCCUCAUUUCGGCCCCCGCUGGGAGGGGGAAGACCACGGCUGUCGCUAAGAUGGCUCACGAUUGGGUUCACAGAAAAAAGGGGUCAGCCUUAGAAGACCUGCCACUUCUGUUUGUUGUGAAAUUCCGAAACACAAAUCGGCUUACAUCGAUCGGAGAAGCUAUACAAACCCAGCUUUUGAGUGAUGUUGAUGAUCUCACACCAGAGGGUCUGGAGAGUUUCAUUAGACAGAAUCAGAGCAUCUGUCACAUCAUACUAGACGGCCUAGAUGAGUAUGCCGGUAUCUCUUCUUUAGAACGAAGCUCGGAGAGCAAUAUUUUCAGUGUCAUCCGCUGGGAGGAAUUUCCUGAGUGCCGAGUCCUUGUAACAACACGCCCUCACCUAGAAAACAUCUUCAAUCAAGAUGAACUUCCAAGGGUAUACACAAAGAUGUGGAUAGAAGGAUUCUCACGAGAUAGCUCACGUGAGUACAUCGACAAGUUCUUUGCUUCGACUUCGAAUAAUUAUAGCAGACAUGGUCAUGGUCUAAAGGUUUACCUUGAUGAACAACCGCUCAUUAAUGAACUUGUUAAAACACCUCUAUUUUGUCUCAUGGUCUGUCAUUUAUGGAGCGAAGGGCUUUUAAACACUGAAAUUGCAACUCAAACAGAAUUAUUAGACAGCGUGAAUGUUUUUUUGAUGCACCAUGCAAACGUCCGAUCAAAGUCAACGGUAAAAAUCACACGCAAAAAGUUGAGGAAAACCAUUUGUCAAUUAGGCAAAGUGGCCCUUAAUGGUUUGCUCGACAAUGCUAAAAAACUAGUCUUCACGCCUGAUGAUUUCCGUAAACUUCCCGCAAUCCUUGAAAGAGCAUGUGAGCUUGGGAUAGUAUCCAAGACGACUGUUUCAUUAACACGCCUUCCCCAGUCCAACGAGACCACUUCCACUACCAUUGAGUUUUAUCACAAACUCGCACAAGAACACUCGGCUGGGACAUUUCUCGCUGAUCAAACAAACCACUUUCUGCUGCGCUUGAAGUUAUCUAAGUUAGACAGAGUACUGCUCAAGAUCAAAGCAAACAUCGGCGACUAUGAGAAUCUCAUCCGAUUUGCUGCUGGUACGGACAACAACCUAUGUAUACGAAUAAUGGAGAAGGUCCUUGCAAACAGCUUUGUGGAUGAGAGCGAGCGAUAUCGCAUUCUCCUUGACUGCUCAUCAGAGACCAAGGGUACCGAAGGAAAUGUGUCUUCGUUGGUUCAAAGAUGUGUGAAUGCACAAUGUAUUGUUCUAAGGGCACCGACUGUCUACACCGUCGUUGGGAUGCAAAAUCUUCCAAAGCAACUAAAACGUGAGGUAAAGACAGUAAAGUUCAAGGGGUGUACUUUAACAACCGACGUGACGAGUGGACUAUGGUCCUGCCUCAAAUCAUUUUCGAUGCUACAUACUCUCACCAUCUCAGACUCCUCUCUCAGUUUUCCUACAUCUCCUCCGGAGCUUCCAUCAUUUACAAAGUUAUCCGGCGAGAGAGUGAAUUCACUCUGCUACGAAGGUGUGCUCUUAUCGGUACCUGAUGUGAGAGAUAUUGAUGUAUUUAUCGAUGCUGCAGAGACGAGCAACACCUUUCAGAUUACCGCUGCCUCCAGGCCUAUGGGUCAGGCCAGGGCUAGGGAUGAACAGUUAUUCGUUCAUAUCAAACUACACGCAUGGCCAGCACUCACCACGGACAGGAAGAUUGAUUCAGGAGAUUCAAUUGGAGGGCUAAGUCUUCUAUUUGAAGACCAAACCAAAAAACAACAGCGGCUGCAUGUGUCCGGGAUGAAGGGGAGAGACGAAGAAGCCUUGGUUGACAUGUUUGUCAAGACUAAACAACUAACGUACUUAAAUUCGGAGAGUCGAGGUGGUUCUCUAAAGAAAACGCAAGCCAUCCAUAAUACUAGGCUUCAGAUACAGCACUGCCAGCUAUCUACUGAGAUGACCGAGAAGUUGUGGUCUUGUCUCAGAUCCUUCACCUCACUGAAACAGCUCAGCAUCUCAGGCUCCUCUCUAAGUUUCCCGCCAUCUCCUCCAGAGCUUCCAUUCGUCACAGAACUAUCAGCCGAGAGAAUGACGUCACAAGGUUACGAAGGAGUGCUCUCAUUGAUACCUGGUGUGAGAGAGAUCGAUGUCUCAAUCGAUGUUGCAAAGACGAGCAACACUUUGCAGAUCACCUCCACUUCCAGGCCCAUGGGUCAGACCAGGCCUAGGGAUGAAGAGUUCUUUGUUCAUAUCAAACUACACGCCUGGCCAGUACUCACCACCGACAGAAAGAUUGAUUCAGGAGAGUCAAUUGGAGGGCUUAGUCUUCUAUUUGAGGACCAAACCAAAAACCGACAGCGGCUGCAUGUGUCCGGGAUGAAGGGGAGAGACGAAGAAACCUUGGUUGACAUGUUUGUCAAGACUAAACAACUAACGUACUUAAAUUCGGAGUAA